AUGUUCGAAGAGGAAAUACAGAAAUCCCGGGGCGCUUCACUCAUUGAAAUUUUGAAUCAAACCAUACCUGACGAAUACUAUCAGAAUGAGACACCAAGGGUUCGCGUGGUGCAACAAACGCUGGAUUUGCUGGGCCGCAUUCACACUGCGUUUGUGUCAGAACCGGCCAUUGGAGAAAGCCCUCUAGGGAAGCAGCAAGAACCGGCUGUGGAAGACGCUAGACGACGACGGGCCCUUCAUGCCUUACUUGAUCUUCUUUCCUUUGAAGGUAUAUAUCCUUCUCUGUCCAAUGGAGUCGGCGUUCCCCUAGAGAAGCGAGUCGUUUCAGUCCUUCCGACUGGUGUCAUCGCAAAGCAGGCGCCGAAUCCAGUAGACUCAGUGACUCAGAAUUUGGGCCUGCUCGACCGCAUUCUAAGUAGCCUAAAUGAAAUUCUCCAGGAUGCCCGCCCAUCAAUCCAACCCAUCAUCCUUGCCAGAAUUUUACCUGACAUAAUUUGCGGGACGGCGGAGUUGGCCUUUAAUUCACAGGGUGCGACCCAUUCUAGAAUUAACUCAUACACAAAAGCAUUUUAUGCUCUUAUCAACGGAUGUACAACCCCGUCGCUGUUACCCGUGCUCUCGUCCCUACUACAAGAAAGUACGGCGACGUGGUUUAAGGCAUGUAUCUCCUCGCAACUUUCCCAAAUCCCGUUGCGUAAAGAUGGAGUGUUUCAAACGAUCUUGUUUCUCGCUUCCCAAUUUGCGCCGGCCUUAGGGCAGAGAACGGAAGGCAUCCGGCUUGAAGGGCCGCCAAUUACUGUCCAGGCUAUAAUGCAAUCCUCGCGGCUCCUGUCAUCCGUACCACAAGGCUUUUCUUCCAAAGUAUACUUCGGCAACAUUGCAUCUAAACUUUUCCCGUUAUUGGAUGGGAAAGACCUGGACAUGAAGAAAACAGCUUCCUACGUAAUAGGCAAUGGGAUUCUCGGAAAACGUGCAUUCGGUGCUCCUGGAAGGAUUGGUUUUACGAUCUUCGCCCAACCGAUAUUUGACGCCCUGAAUGGUAACAUUACAGACCCUGUUUCAGAAUGGCUUAAAACGUUCUCUUCGGACGGUUCUGUCGCUCUGGAUACUCAAACUGAAAGCCUUGAUGGGUCCAUUGUACUUAACGAAAGCAAGCUACUCCUGGCGCUGGAUAGACUGACCUCGUUAGCACUUUUGCAUCCAAAUCCUGGACUACUUAAACGGCUUGUCAGCCCAGUGUUGUUACCCCUAUGGGGACUGCAAUGCUACGCCAGAGAACACCGAAAGCAUUGGUGGGAGCAAAAGAUCAGCACCAUCUUACAAACAUUUUUCAGUGUAUCAGCAAACGUCAAUAGAUUGUUAAAAGUUGCGGAUAAUCUCCUGUGGGAUGGCCCAGAAGCUCGCGUUUAUGGGCCAGGCGAGAACGGCGGUGUGUCAAUUCGGAAGCGUGAGGUCGGCGGACUAGGCGAGGCCAAUAUUCUUACAGUCAUUCAAAAUCUAGAUGGGCGCGUUGGAAUGUACCUAGAACUAUUGGCUGCAGACCCCCGAAAGGAGGAGUUUGCUGGAGACGUCUUCCUCCAUGUAAGCCGACAAUGGCUCCUUGGAGGCCUGCCGAAUGAAAUUACAAGUGAGCCGCAGCUGCACAAGAAGCACGAUGAAUUGCAGCCCGAAAUACGAAAACUUGUCAGCGCAAAAAUCGCAGAAAAGCUCUUGGACCAUUUCAAAGAUUCUUUAUCUCGCCAUCCCACGAAGGUCCUGGAGCUCAUUCAGCAGUUAAUCGAGAGUGAAAAGAACCGCACUCAGAAAUCUGCGAUUUUACCCCAACGAUAUCAGAAUGUCUCUCUAGAGUCACUUGGUAACAUUGUCAAAACCGAAAGCGCCGACAGUAAAGAUGCGCUCUUACCCCAUCUUCCCACAGCCCUCGUUCGGCCCGCCACCACUUCUUCGGUGCUCCUUGAAAUCACGCUUUCCGAUUCGAGUCCGGGCACACCCAGACCUACAGCUGUGUCUCCUGGCAUCUCCGAUCUUGAAAUGCACCGUCAGGCCAUCCAUAAUAUCUCGUCCCCUUUAGCUCCAGUUCAAGCUGAAGGUCUCUCUAUCUUAUCACAACUACUUGAUAAGAUUUCCCCCAUCCUUGAUAUCCCGGCAACCCUCACUCUUCUCCUUUCUAUUUUGACAAACAAUGAUGAAACCGCUUCCACCGACGAGUUUAUCUAUCUCAAUGUUAUUAAGCUCAUCGGCUCGUUAGCAUCCAGGCACCCACGCACGGUGAUAAAAACACUUGCGGAGCGAUACGCUGAUCGAAGCGAAGAAUCGACUCUUGAUCAGCGACUUAAGAUUGGCGAGGCGCUUCUGAGGACGGUCCAAAACCUAGGGAAUGCAUUGGUAGACGAUGCAGGUAAAGUCCUGGGAGACACCAUGAUUGAAGUGGCUAGCAGGAGGGGAAUGAAGCAAAAGGCAAAAGAGAAGCGAGAGCGGGAUCUUUCAAGACAACAACAGGCGGCAAGUGAUACAGAGCUGGCCGGGAUCGCGCCUAGCCUUGCAGACCAAAUAGAUGAAGAUAUCGAUUCGGAAACAGAAGACCCGGCCAAGGAAGCGUAUUCGAGCAAGAUUCUUGAAGCCUGGGCCAGGGGCGUGACCGCAGAUCCUGCGCCAGACGAUUUGCGCGCGCGUGCUUCAGCGAUAUCAUUACUCGCAUCUGCAAUACAAACAAAUCUGGCAGGCUUAGGUUCCUCGCUGGCUGCUUCCUCAGUUGACCUGGCAAUUUCUAUAAUGACCCUCGAACCCGGACCGGAAAGCGCGAUUUUGCGACGGGCAGCUGUGGUACUCUUACUUGACCUACUCAAAGCACUCGAUGAGGCUAGAGAAGCCGGGAAAGAUCUCGGGUUUGGAUUCUCAGCUACGGCUUCGUCACCGGCAACAUCCGGACAGCAAUCUACUUCAACGUACAGCAAAGCAAGGAAACCGACACAAUCGUUCGCGGUCAUUUACGGGCGUUGA